UGCAGGGGAUAUGGAACCCUAAAUCUCUGUUCUUAUCCCGCCUUUCAAGCCAUGCCACAACCUGUUGCGCGCUUCCAGCGCCACCACUUAUGCCGGACCUCCCCUGCUUUUUCAGAUGCAUAUAAUCAACUUCUCCUUUACACUCUUCUCCAUUACAAAGCACCUUCUUCAAAUUUAAGAAGCAGCGAAAAUAUUUACACAGAACUGUGUAGAUCAGUAAUGGAGAGAAGCCAAAGUCUGGAAAAGAUAAAGCAGAUAACAAAGAAGUUGCAGAGGCUUGGAAGUCUGAAGAAAACACUCUCAUUUAAACUUCUCCGCCGCUCCAUCGACCAGGAGGAGGAAGAGGAGAACCAGAUUGAAAGGCGUCGGUCGGGAAAUUUUGUCCCGAGAGGUCACCUGGCGGUUUAUGCCGUCAGGGAGGAUCUACGGCGGAGGCGAUUUGUUUUUCCGGUGGAUUAUCUGAAGCAGCCUGUGUUUAAAGAUCUUCUGCGCAUGGCAGAGGAGGAAUUUGGCUUUGAAUAUGACACAGGGCCUCUUACUAUCCCCUGCGAUCCACAACAAUUUGAGGAGAUUAUUAAUAAAUUGAAAGAUUCAGACGGCUUUGCCGCCAAUUUCAGUCUAAUGACAUCCUCAUAUGCUUCCAAUUCCAAACCCUAUUUCAGCAAUGGCAAGACUGUGAUGGUGCAUUGAAGAUUUCACUGUCCUUCAAAUCAUGUAUUAUAGUAUUUAGCCUUGAAUUUUGGUGCGUAACUGACUGUUGAAUCGCCUGUAUUUCAUUUUCUUUCUUCGGCCAUGCCUUCUGAUGGCAUAAUGAAGGAAAUCGCUUCGCUAAUGUCAAUCAUGGAGUAUUGGAAGAGUUCGACUGUUCUAUUAUGGCAGAACACCCUUGAGUAUUUUGAAGCUCUGAAUUAUAACCCUUGAGGUCCUAUGGAAUGGGGGCUUCCUACAACUACA